CGAUCAUUUCCGGCAGUGGUGCUGACUCUUCCACAUGGUCCCAGCUAACCUGGAGCUGCGGUGUUUGGGAGUCUGAUCGCCGACAUAUCAGACAGAAACAACAGGCAGACAUCUCGUCACAUGAACACUUAGAACCGGAACAAAAUGGGUAAAAGUAAAACCACGAAGUUUAAACGCCCGCAUUUCAACUCGGUUGGCCUGCCGGUGAGUGCUGUGAAGGAAGAGGAGGGUGCGGAGGAAGAGCACGAUGAGGAAAGCUGUCCGGCUGCGGAGUUGCUGGAAAAAUUGCAGAGUCCCAGCGCAGAUAUUCGAGAGUUUGCAUGUGCCAGCAUUUCUCGGGUGGUGCAGCAGAGCCAGACCAUCCCCGGUUUCCUCCAGAGGGACGCUGUUAGACGGCUGGGCCCCAUGCUGCUGGACGGCAGCUUGGCCGUCAGAGAGACAGCUGCUGGGGCGCUCAGAAAUCUGAGUGCAUGCGGAGGUCAGGAGGUGUGCGAGGACAUGGUGAAGCACGACGUCAUGACGCCCCUGACAGCACUGCUUCGAGAGUGUUGUUCAGGUUUCGACUCCGCUGCUGUGCCGAUGAAAGACCAGAGCAAUCCUGUGGAGGAUGUGGCCAACGAGGCUGUGAACCUACUGUGGAAUCUAUGUGAGAGCAGCAGCCAGGCAGUGUCUUUGUUCAACAAAUCCGGCCUCUUGGAUGUGGUGGUCCAGUGCUUGGAGAGACACCCCCACAACGUGGAACUGUCCAUAUCUGCUGCUCACUGUUUGCACACUGUGACCGAGGAUAACCCUGAGCUGCUAAGUAGCACGAACACCGCCGUACUCGGAGCUCUGGAAAAACUGCUGCUGUCAUCUCAGCCAGAAAUGGCGCACACUCUCCUCAGGACUUUAGCUGCAGGUACACUGUGGAACUUGAAGACCAGCCUUCCUGCUGCCCGACAAGCCCAGACCCUCAAUGCCAUUGUGGCCACCUUGUCUCUGUGUCUGGAUUUGGACUCAGGGGUGUUGAUCCCUGAUCUCAGACGAGCAGAGGAGGCUCAUCACAGAAACCCAUCUCCAGUGACAGAUGCAGAGCAACAGGCCGCGGUGCAGCCCGUUGAGGAGGAGAUGGGCGAAGAGGAGGAAGCACCAAUGAAGAAGAACGGCAAAACUUUGAUGGUUGACACUGAUGUCUCCGACCUGCUGCCUAGGGGUAAGGAGGAGCUGAGGGAGGCAACGGCCUUGCUGACAGCCCAGCAAACGUCCUUGGAGAUCAUUGUCAACAUGUGCUGCUCUGACGACCCUUCGGAUGACGAGUGGGAGGAGGAAUCAAGCAGUGACGAAAGCGACAUGGGUCCUGACGGCCUCUGUGACGGAGUGUCCAAUCUGAUGUCUCCGCUCUGCUUGUCAGCCGAGGUUCAAGGGGCUUUGAUCAACCACAGCAUUCCAGAAAAGGUUCUGAAAAAGACGGCAUUCCCCAGACAGGAAGCCACUAAUGUGUGCCGUGAGAAUCCAUCCUGGAGAGGCCUGACGAAGAGAAUGCAGCGGGUUCAGUCCCGAGCGCUGACUUGCCUCCACAGCAUCCUCUCCACCAUGGAUGCAGAGUUGCUCGGUGGCAAGGCAGCCCUGCAGGGAGCAGCACAUCACCUUUCCUCACUGGUCUUUGCUGCUGAAGAAAUUCCCAAAGAUGAGGAGUUUCUUGAGGCUGUCAUCAGCGCCAUGCGCUCUCUCCUGCAGAUAAUUGCCUCCAAAAACAUCAGCCAGUGUAUGACCCCCCAGCAGCUGAUGAGCCUGAGCGAGGCAGCCACACGCUGUGAUGUCGUCAGUGUAAGAGUUAACGCUGUCGCCAUUCUGGGCAUCACUGGGAGUACAUUAGCCAAAGAAAAGGGCACGGCGGAAACCCUUCAGAUGAUUGGAAACGCCUUGCUUCAAGUCGCCACGAAGGAUUCCGACCUGGUUGUGAACGGAGAAGCUCUUGACGCAUUGUUUGACGUGUUUGCCGAUGGAGAGCAGGCAGAAACGGCUGCUAAAAUCAUCAAUUUACUUCCUGCACUUAAGACACUGCAGCCGGUCUUCAAGGCCAAGAUCCGUAAAGAAGGACGGGGUAAAUACAGCCGUCAGCAGCUGUGUGUGUUGGACAACAUCAAAAUCAACCUGAGGAGAUUUAUCGGUUAUCUGGAGAAGGUGGUGACAAAAUAAGGACUGCGAUCAGUUGUUGAGACAAAAUGAGAUGGAGUGGUUGUGAAACCAUCAGUUAUUUAUGUUUUUUUUUUUUUUUAAUAAUUACUGUUUACAGUUUUCUUUAGUUAUGUGAAAGUUUAUUUUUUGUGAAAAUAAAGAGUUGGUGGAGUAUUGUCUAUGAAGACCCAAUCUUACCGUUUAACUAAAAGAUUUCAGGCCUAACAGAUUCUGAUUAUAUAUGAGAUCAGGUUUAAUAAUAAGCAGACUGCAGCUUUGUUUUCCAUUAGUACCCUUCAUUCUGACCCAAGUAGUACAAGAAUGCAUAUUUGGGGUAAAGCAGUCAUGUCAUGAGGACACUACACUGCUGCUCUUGUUUUGUUGGUGUUUUACAGUAGAAUGAUCAAUUUUAUUUUUUUUAAAGAAAAUUUUCUUCUUAAAUUAAGCACACCACCGGACUAUUUAGUGUCCGUUCAGUUUCUCAAGACGUUUGGAGAUUAGUCUUUGAAAGCCACUUUUGUAGAUUUAUAUUUUUGUAUUAAAAUUACUGCAAAAAUGGUCAAACUCAUGGAGAAACUAGAGCUAAAAAUGCCCCUUUUAAAAUAAGUUAGAAAAAAAUAUGAACUCCAUACUUCAGGGCCUCGCAAAAGUAUUCAGACCCCUUUCUCUGUCCCAGCAGAACAAAAGGAGUCCGACAGCAUGAUGCUGCCACCACUGUUGGAAUGGUGUGUUCAGGGCUGAUGCACAUUUAGUUGACCAUCACACAGAGCGUUUUGCAUGGAGGCUAAGAGGCUUGCCGUGUCCCCUACAUGGCUCGUGGCAAACUGCAACUUUCUUUCGAUCAUCGACUUUAUUCUUGCUACACUUCCAUAAAGAUUUGUAGACUACAAGACUUCAGUGUUUUUUAUUUGUGAAAAAAUAAAUAAAUGAAAAUCACCUGUUCACAGUUAUGUCCUACUUUGUGUUUGCCUACCACAUAAAAUCCCAGUAAAAUACUAUGACCAGUGAGAAAAGACAAAACGUGAGAAAGUUCAAUGAAUGUGAAUACUUUUGCAAGGCUGAGUUUGCAAAGGUACAAAGAAAUCUUUACAGGCUUCGAAAAUCUAAUUCUAAAUAUACUUUGAGGACAUUUCAUUUGUAGCACGAUUUCCCAGACAUUUUAUGUCUGAAAUGUUUUUUAAAGGAAAAUUUACUUGCUUUGCUUGUUAAUAUUGAAAGGAAUUGUAUUUUGUUUAGCAGAGACUGUAAUGGGUGCUAAAAAACUGUCGGUGUAUCGGAAAUGUGCCAAAACGUUCAUACUAGACAAUUUCGUAAGGAUCUUAUUCAUGUACAAAUAAAGUGAAAAGAAAUUCA